ACCCUCUGCUUCUCCAGUCCUGAACUGCCGCCUCCUGUCGGGACCUCCGCCCUCCUCCUCCUGCACCGGGACCAGCACCAUGGAGAGCUCCGGGCUGCUCCGCGGGCUGCUGUGCGUCGGCCUGCUGUCCGUCCUGUGUUGCGGUCAGGCGUCCCAGGAAGUCUCUGCAGAGGACUUUGGAGUGGACCAACCCGGGCCAGCCGCAGACAGAGACCUGAUGGAGGCACUGGAGGCUGUGCUGGGCAGGAUGCAUCAUCGGAUUUCCUCCACUGAGAAAAGAGGCAGCAUUCCAGUGUGUGGGAUGGGUGACCGGUGUGCCAUGAAAUUCGGCCCUCGCAUCGGGAAGCUCUGUGACUGCACCAGAGGAGCCAACUGCAACUCCUACCUGCUCAAGUGCAUCUGAUGUUACGAGGACUUUUAUUUUUCACAAACACAGCAUCACUUGUGCAGGACCAAACAUU